GCGGGUACGUGGACAGACAGCUGUGUCGGGACGCCAUCCUGCCCAUGCCCUUCCUGUGUGAGGUGGCGUGCCCCAAGGACUGCGUGCUGAGCCCCUGGACCUCCUGGACCUCCUGCUCACACACCUGCUCCGGCAAGAACACGGAGGGCAGGCAGACCAGGGCACGGUCCAUACUGGCGUACAACGCAGGAGAAGGUGGGCUCCAGUGCCCCAACAGCAGUGCGCUUCAAGAGGGGCGGAGCUGUAACGAGCAUCCCUGCACCGUGUACCACUGGCAGACCGGCGCCUGGGGCCAGUGCAUCGAGGACUCCUCCUCCGUUGCCCCCGGCAACGCCUCCCUGAUUGGUGGAGGGGCGGGCGUGGGCGGGGCUGAACCCUCCUGCUCCGUGGGCAUGCAGACGCGCAAGGUCAUCUGCGUCAGGGUCAACGUGGGCCAGGUGCCGCCGAAGAAGUGUCCAGAGAGUCUCCGUCCAGAGACGGUGCGUCCGUGCCUGCUGCCCUGUAAGAGAGACUGCGUCGUCACGCCGUACAGCGACUGGAGCCCCUGCCCCGCCACCUGCCAAACAGGACUCAAACUAAAAAGAAAGCAAUCCAGGAAACGCAUCAUCAUUCAACUUCCUGCCAACGGCGGCCUGGACUGCCCGGAGGUUCUCACCCAGGAGAGGGACUGUGAGGCCCCCUCCUCCACCUGCCCCGGUUACAGGUGGAAGACACACAAGUGGCGUCGGUGUCAGCUGGUUCCCUGGUCCGUGCGGCAGGACACUCCAGGGGCCCAGGAGAUCUGUGGACCUGGACUACAGGCACGAG